AUGGCGUCUCAGCGAUGGAAAGACAGAGAAGACUUCUUCCGCGACCUGGAAAGACUUGAUGAAUUCAGCGAUGAUGAGCCUGGACAAGACAACUUGCAGAACAUGCCAGCGGCUAUAGUAAAGCAACCCGCAGCCACCCGAGAUGGACCUUUGCCAGCUGCCCACACAGCCCGACCUGUACUUCGACCGUCCACAGCCAUUCCUGACUCGGUUCCAAGUUUAAAGCUCCCAUCCUCAUCAACGCGAUCCGGACCGGACAGAAGACCUGCAGAGUUGAUGCGCGUUCAGACGGAUAGUGGCGUGCCUGAACGAAUCGAGAAGCGUAAGCUCAAGAACACGACUAAGCAGACUCCAGAUAUCAUCCCCGAAGGGCAGCAGCUUUUUCCAGGACUUUGCUUCUACUUUGUUCCGAACCGAGACACACCUUACGUUCGGAAACUGAGGGUACAAUUUGCUAUCGCCAACGGCGCGACAUGGGCGAAAUCUUGGAUCGCGUCUGUGACACAUAUCAUUGUGGACCCGAACCUCUCUUUUCAACAAGCUGUGAAGGCUCUGCCAAGUGGUGUAACUCCAGAAGGCAUUCCUCUUGUCAACGACGAGUGGCUUACAGAUUGCAGCUUACGCCAACGUGUGUCCGAAGUCACUCAGCGUCGUUUCCUCGUCAAAGGCAUGGCAUCCCCAUUUGCCAUCGUCGAGCCUUCAACAACCAUUCCUGCCAGCAGAUCCUCCAACGGUAACACUAGUUCGGCGGCUCUUGCAAAGCCAGCCACACUCUUCACGAAAAAAGCAAAUCUGCCGCCUCCCCCGCAAGUGUACCCUAGCCGCGUACCAGAGACGGCAGAAGACAUCCAUCGUGGUGACGAAACCUCAUACGACGAGCUUGAUACGCUGAUUGCUGAGCGUCGAGAAAUAGACGAGGACGAAACGGCCGCAAUGGAUCUGGUUCGUAGCACUGACCCGUCGUUCAAGUUCGAGGGCGACUACACGACUGAUUUCCCGCACACUUCAGCCGACAAAUCGAAAUUUCAAUGCAUGAUCAAGAACGAGAGCGGCGGCGAUGCAAACAAUCCAAAUGCGAAAACUAUCAGGUUGCUCCAAAAGAUGGCUGAGAUCUACGACUUGAACCAAUCAGUCGACGGAUUCCGGGCUAGGGCUUUCAGAAUGGCUGCAACAACGCUGAACAAGCAAGACUGCUUAGUCUUCACGAAGGAUCAGGCCUUGGCACUUCCAGGCAUUGGCAAAAGCAUCGCCGAGAAGAUCGAGGAGAUUGUGCACAAGGGCAGUCUUGGACGACUGAAUCAAGCCAUUUCAGACCCUUCAUACCAAACAUUGAAUCUGUUCCUGGGCAUCUAUCACGUUGGCCAUCCUCAAGCUGCAGCCUGGGUCGCUGCGGGCUAUCGAACGCUACAACAGCUGCUCGAAUCAGCGGAGCUUACGUCUAAUCAGAAGACUGGAAUCGAGCACUACGAUGAUUUCCGUCAGCGAAUCCCUCGAGAUGAGGUUCGGCGGCAUGGCCUGGUUGUCGGAGAAGCACUGAAGAACAUUGAUCCGGCCCUAGAAUUUGUCAUUGGAGGCUCAUAUCGACGCGGAAACAAAGACUCAGGUGACAUUGACAUCCUCAUCACGAAAGAAGGGGGCGAGCUAGGCUACUUGAGAACCAUCAUAAUGGAAACACUCAUUCCGCACCUCAAGAAGACAGGGUUCAUCGUUGCCGAAUUGGCUUCUGGACAUCGAAGUGACAAUGAGGUUACCUCCAAGUGGAUGGGAGCUUCUUGCUUGCCUGAUGUGAAGAUUUGGCGACGAUUGGACCUGCUCUUCGUUCCAUGGGCAGAAAUGGGAGCAGCUCUAUGCUACUGGACCGGCAAUGCCUACUACAACCGCAGUCUUCGCCUGCUAGCUGGUCAAAAAGGCAUGAGACUCAACCAGCAUGGCCUAUUCAAGAACGCAAUGCGUGGACCAGGUCGUGUGAAAAUCACUGAAGGUGAGCUUGUCGUCAGCCACAGCGAAAAGGAGAUUCACGCGGCUCUGGGAGUGACAUAUCGGCCACCUGAACAUCGAAAUCCUUAG